CGUCUGUAACAGAGGUAGACUCACGCUCCAUGGCUCUCUGCCUGACAAACAUCGCUGACAGUCAAUUCUAGGGAUUAGUUUCGUCUCCAAAUUUCCUCGGAAUGGCGGACGGCACGAUGAGGGAGCGAGUGCGCGAGGGGAUGACCUCGUUAUGGCUUGCCAUCAACCGGAAGAAGACAGUGACUGACGACUUCCAUGACACGCCCCUUAAGCGAUGCCUCAACACCUUCGAUAUUACCCUUCUGGGGAUAGGUCACAUGAUCGGGGCCGGGAUAUACGUAUUAUCUGGCACUGUUAUUAAGGAUCUCGCCGGACCAUCCGCUGUCCUGUCCUUUCUGUUUGCCGGAUUCGCAGCCAUUUUGUCAGCACUCUGUUAUGCUGAAUUUGGAGCCAGAGUUCCGAAGGCAGGUUCCGCCUACUCCUAUACCUAUGUGACACUAGGGGAGCUGUGGGGUUUUAUCAUUGGAUGGAACAUAGUCCUGGAACAUCUCUUAGGCGCCUCGGCAGUCGCGCGAGCGUUCAGUGGCGCCCUGGACUCUAUUUUCAACGGUGCAAUUCGGAACAGCACUCUUACAAACAUCGGUUCAUUAAGUAAGGGAAGUGAAUGGCUUUCGGAGUAUCCGGACUUCGUCGCGUUUUCUGUGACUAUUGUGGUCUUCAUCGUUGUUGGAACAGGAGCUAAAUUUACGAUGAACUUCAAUAAUGUAUUUACCGUGCUUAAUAUGACAGUACUGGUGUUUCUUAUCUGUGUCGGGUUUUAUUUUGCCGAUAUUCAUAACUGGGAAAACACUAAAAGAGGUGGAUUUUUCCCGAAUGGAUUCAGUGGUUGUCUUUCUGGUGCAGCUACCUGCUUUUUCGCUUACAUAGGAUUCGAAGGAAUAGCCACAGCAGGGGAAGAGGCUAAGACUCCCGAACGUUCUAUUCCGAUCUCAACUGUGACGUCACUAGGAAUUGUCACGUUUUUGUACAUCAUGGUAACGGCGGCGUUGACCCUGAUGAUUCCAUACUAUGAUGUUGACCCGACUGCAGCAUUCCCGAAGGCGUUUGCUAUUAGAAGUGCCGAAUGGGCCAAAUAUAUCGUCGCUAUAGGAACUCUGUUUGGAAUCACAACGUCACUUCUUGGUUCGGCGUUUUCUUUACCACGUACAAUUUACGCGAUGUCAUCUGACGGACUCCUUUUUAGCAUAUUUGCCUACAUUUAUCCAAGAACACAGACCCCUAUCUGGGGAAUUUUUACAUUCGGGAUGGUGUCGGCGUUGAUGGCGUUGCUGUUUGAGAUAGAAACUCUCGUUGAGUUUAUGUCAAUUGGCACUCUGAUGGCCUACACCAUAGUUGGAGCCUCUGUCAUUAUUCUUAGAUAUCUACCGGUUGACAAGUGUCAGUUUAAACUUAAACCGGAAGUUGAGGCCGAGGAAGUGAGGCAAGUAUCGGAAAUGGAAACCGAAGAAAGUUCGAUUAUCAAGAAAUCAAAGAGCCAUGACGAUUUUGGACGUCUGAAAGAAAAGUUAAAAUCCAUACCACUGCUACGGUCCUUCCAGCCCGGAAACGCCUCUCUGCUGGCUACCUUCUUAAUUCUUGUAUUCAUCGUUUGUUUCUGUGCCACCCUGAUCUUUGGCUUUAGUUACAUACAGGCGGGAGCCUGGUGGGCUAUCUUCCUCGUGAUCCUGUUCGGUAUCGCUAUCAUUGCCUGCUUCCUAGUCAUGAUCGCCCACGAGAAGAAUGACGCCUUUACCACGUUCUCGAUCCCGUUCGUGCCAUUGAUCCCUAUACUGAGUAUGUUCUGUAACAUAGCUUUGAUGUUGAACCUGAACCAUCUCACUUGGAUCCGUCUCGGUAUCUGGAUGGCCGUGGGUUUGACGAUUUACUUCUCGUACGGUUUGUGGCACAGUCACGAAGCUCGCUCCACUAACGGGUACGGCGAGAUCGUCCACUAUACCGGGGACGCCAACAUCUCGUGCAGCACCAUCAGUAACAUGAACGAGGAGAUCAUGGAACAACAGCCGGCCCGCAACCCUAACGAGGACUUCCAGGGCACCAUGUAACAGAUGAUCCAGUCCUGUCAAACCUGGGAUGCAUUUAGAAGAGACACCAACAUUAUAUUUUAUUUUAGAAUGACAUUGGACAAAAAUCUACAGUAAAAAUCCCAGAAAAGUCUUUAAAAUUUCACUGCAGAAGGACAAGAUCUCAUCCUGUAGUUCCCUUUUCCGAAGGAAGUAUUGUAUUGGACAGUAGGCGUGAAAGAGUUAUGUCCCUUUACUGAGACAAAAGCUCUUUCUACACCAGGGAAGAUUACCAUUUAAACUAUUGAUAUUAUUCAAUAAAUAUUUCAGUUUUAGAUAAAAGCAUUUCAGUAACUGAUGACAAGUAGUAAAACCAAGGUUGAGAAUGAUCAGCUUACUUUAUAAAUGUAUAUAUCAUUGUAGUGCACUCGAUUAUUACAUGUCGGAUUUACUUUUUAAAAAUGCCGCAGAUAAAUGAUGGACCAGUACUGUAAAGGAAUAAAAUCCUUCCAUUAAAAAUAUUUCGCGCUGAAUACAAAUUUGGAUUUGACGCAUCAUUCACUCAAAUUUCAAGAUUUUUUUUCUGAGACAUUUCAAGGGGUCUUUAAACAACCACAUAAAAAUGAGGUCUCGGGAGAGACUAUAUAAAGUUGUCUCCCUUACUAGUAAAAUUCCGAGGUGCAUUACCAUCAUUGUUGCCAAAAGAUUUAUUUUCUAAUACCAUAUAUAUGUGUGUGUAUGUGUACAUAUGAUAAAGAUUAUUUUUGUGUAAAUUUUGUCUGAAUAUAUUGUUAAGUAUCAUGGUGAUUGUGUGGUAAUGAUAGCUAUUAUAUUAAAAAUAUUAAUGAUAUAAAUCAUAAAAUUACAUGGAUCAUUGUUCAAAUCUAUGUUCGGUUAAGUUUCUUAUAGUAAUAUAUUUCCGUUAAAAGUUCUAGUUAUGUUUUUUCUCAAUGAUGAUAUUUUGUAUAUACUUGAAAAAAAA